UGAGUUGAUGUUAUUGUUGUUGUAGUCUAGGCGGAGGACGGCCACCGCCGCCGCUGUUUACCUGAAUUUACCCCUCCGAGGGCCACUUAACUCUCUAGUGGCCUGGACGAGGACAGGAAGCCGGCGGCUUGUGAGAGGUCCCCCGUUUACCUUGAUGUUCUCUGAACUGUUGAGAGUAAUGGUGUCUAGACCGGCCAGCCGCCCCAGGCUCUGAGUGAGUGAGGUGUGAGGGGCCCAGGUGGCCUCUGACCUCAGGUAGCUAAGGUGACACAUCAAUCAAGUUGCGAUGACACCCACUCCAACUCCAACUCCACUGGAGAGUGGGAGUGGUGCGGGGCCCAUAGAUUCGGUGGGGUCAAUGGGUGGCCAGAUGGGCACAAUAUCGCUUGGAGUGCUCAUCCAGUAUAUCAAUCAGAGGACGUACUCUGACUUGCUCAACUUGGCGGAGAUCUUGCCAAGGAAGAGCGAUAUGGAAAAGAAGGUGGAUAUAGUGCAGUACGCCCAGAGGACACGGCAGCUGUACGUGCGUCUCCUGGCACUUGUCAAGUGGGCAGCAAGUGCUUCCAAAGUUGAUAAGUGUUGUCACAUUAUGGCCUUGCUGGAGAAGCAGAACAACCUCUUCACUGACUCGGCCGACAAGCUCUAUCACAUGACCAAGGAGAACCUGGUCCGUGCUCGUCUCCCCCACUUCCACAUCCCUGCAGCCGUCGAGACUCUAACCACAGGCUCGUAUGACAGAUUGCCCAUGACUAUACGUCAGCGUAUUCUUCCUCUUGAGCCAGUCACCGCUCUGGAGCGCAAGCAAACGCUGACUCGCCUGGAGCAAAUAAUCCAGCACCGACUGGUAACUUCGGAGCUUCCGUCACAAAUGAGAACGAGCAGGAUUGAGAAUGGUCGAGUUAGAUUCACUGUCGAGCACGAAUUUGAAGUGAGCCUUACCCUGAUGGGAGACUCUCCGAGUGAACCUUGGAGACUCCUUGAGAUUGAAAUUCUUGUAGAAGACAAGGAAACUGGAGAUGGCAAGGAGCUUGUUCAUCCAAUGCAGAUUAGCUAUAUCCAUGCAUUAAUUCAGUCGAGGCUGCAGGACAAUCCCAACCCCCUGCACGAGACCUACACGGUGCUGCACGCCUUCUCCCAGGCACUCCAGCUGGAGGUCCUCUUCGUCCAGACUCAGAAACUUUUAGAGGAUCGGCUGGAUACUCACAUCCGCAUUGAAGAGUACCUGCAGGGUCGCUCGCUGACGCUCACCUACUGGAGAGAGCUGACCCAACACGAUCCAUCAGUUCAGCUGGGGUACAGGCUGACGGUGCAAGUUGAUCCAACAGAACCUUCAAAACCCCUCAUUGUUUUCCAUACUCCGUCCCUUGGCUCAAAGGAAUCGGAAAUCGCUGAACGCGCCAUUCGCAGUGAUCAUCUGUCUAUCGAACGGCUGUUGGUACACACAAUCUACCUUCGAACGAAGGCGCGACUCUCGGAGCUUAAGCAAUACAUGGAUUCCAAAUUGGGUAGUGAUGCCGAGAAAUGUCAGCUGAGUGGCUCUCCUGCUAUGCUACACGUACCUAUACUGCAGCCCAACCUCCGGUCCGAGCAGCUGUUGAUUACUGUGGACACGCACACGGGCGUCCUCCUGGCCCAUGUCCCACAGUAUGAUAAUUGCCCCAAAAUCCCAGACCUGCAGCACGCACUUAACAACGACAAGUCCAAAGUCGAUGACUUGAUUUCAGAACUAAGGUACUGGUUGAUGCUGCGGAGAACAGAAAAGACGCUGCAACACUUGCCAGCGACGGCCCACGAGCACCUCCCACUCAUGUACUAUACGUCCCACCCGCUCAAUACCCUGGGAAAACACAAGGUCUUCAUCACCUUCCACAAGCACCCUGGAUAUGUCGUGAUUGUGGAGUUCAACGAGAAAGAGGGAAGCCCCUGUGAAGUCGAGCAGAACCUCUAUUUCAUGGUGGUGAAGCAAGCCAGCAUCGAGGACAACCCUGAUGACGACACAGUUCAGACCUCCCUGCCCAAGUCGUACAUGCGUGCAUACGAUCUGGUGAAGCUGGACUCGUUUGUCUGCACUCACGGACCAUCUACCAAAGUUGAUGUUGUUGAACCUGGGGAGAGAGCCUUGGGUGGGAAGCGCAAGUUGCAGCAACGCGGGGAACCCGCCAGCAAGCGGGUGAAGGUGCCGGCGUACUUCUUGCCGGAUGUUGCUCAGUGCAUUGCAAUGAGUGACAUGAAGCUCCCUCUCACACAUCUCUCACUUAAGCUUCGUGAACGGAAUGUGUUCAACACGGGAGAACAAGUAGAGGAAGGAGGGAUGGGUGUUCUCCUGAGGCUGAUAGACCUGCCCACCACUGAGGGGCUCUCUUUGGACACCGUCUUCACUCUGCGGAAGCACCUGUUAUCGGCAGCCAUUCGCAUACAGGCUGCUAUAGCUUGGCAAUUCACAGGAUCACGGGUCUUUGGCAUGGAAUAUCUAUUCACCAAUUGUCCGGUCACGAGUUUGCACUCAAGAGAACAGGGUCCCCGUCGAGCAGCGUACUUUACAUACGAGGUCACGAGUGCUGAACACGUCAGCACCACCGUGGAUGCUAUCUUGGCCGACUGGACCACCAUCUCCAGACUCUACCAGCUGGUUCUACAAUUUGCAGCGCAGUUAUCGGCAUCCAGAGCUGGUGUGGAAUCGGCGGGAAGCAGCAGUAGCAGUAGCAGCAACAUAGCCAACCCUAAAACCCUAAACGAGAUGGUGCGGGUGAGGUCGUUCAACUACAAGAGCAUCGCUCUCGCAUACGGCCCCAGCUUUGACGCGUUUUGUGUCUUACGCUACAGCCCAGAGAAGAAAGCAUUUACGCUAAGCUUUGGUAUGUGUGGAGAGGGCGUGUGGGCGACGAAUCCUCACACCACCAUGCAGGAUCAGCUUCAGGACUUGGUGAAUCAGACGGGGAACAUGGGACUCGUGGACUUGGCUACCACACUGCACCAGACAUAUCAUCCUCUUCUGGCCAUCUCCAAGCUCUCCCCAACUCUUCAUCUUGGAGUUAUUGACAAGAAGCAUCAACCAAUUAAGAACUUCACGGUCCUGCCCCAGUCCCCAACACGAGUCAGUAUUAUAUACCGCAAUGUCUACUGCCUGAACGUCGACCUGCUGCCCUGUGGAUUAGUUGCCGUCCGAGAUGGAGCAUACAGCAGUUUUGAGACUUCGAAAUUAAUCGAAGAGUUUAUCCAGAUACAGGGGCUCAAGGCAUUCCUGAGCAAGUACGUGGAUGAGACUGCCAUCAACAUCAGACGCUCCCAGUCUGAGGAUGACAAUCCGCCCACGCCGAUCCCACUGGACGACACGUUGUGGCCCACCCCCAAGGCUGCUUCUCCGGCACGCCACGGUCCCAUGACCCCGCCCAUAUCCUCGAAUCCACACACGCCCGCCAGUCCUCACCCUGGCGGCAUGACUCAGACUGGCGGACACGGGGGGUUCGUCUCGAGCCCUGCAACCAGCGGCUUCUCUUUGGCAUCCCCUCCAUCGUUGCCCGGGAUGAACCCAUCGCCCGCCAUGCUGCCCCACCCAUCCCCUGGUGGAGGAUUCCUGGGGGCUAAUUCACCGUCUGCGCCACAACACAGCGUAUCGUCGCCAGGGUUCCUGGCGCCUUCCCCAGCUGGGCCACACUCCGUGCCGAUGCACUCUCCGGCCUCGGCCAUCAUGCACAGCCAAAUGGGGCCAUCCUACACAUCACGGAUGCUGCCGAACAAGCCCUACGCAGCAGCUGUGCCAACAACUCUGACCCAUGAUGCAUUCCACACACUCUGCUCACCGGCACAGGUGGAUGAAGGUGGGGACAGCAGUCUACAGUGCGUCCUGGAGCAGUUCCUCGGGAUGACCUACAUCAAGAGGCACUUCCAGCAGCAGUGUGAAGGAUGUGAAGUGAUGAAGCCCGUGGGUGGCAUCGAGCCCGGUAGCAUUCAGUUCAAGACAGAGACCCUCAACUGCCAAAUAUUGGUUCAGAGUAGUCCCUCGUACAACCUUAUAUUGAAGCUGCAGCCGCUGCCCGAGCACGGAGACCAGUGGACCAGUGACGAACUUCAGGUGCUUGAGAAAUUCUUCAGCGUUAAGGUUCCCAUCCCACCAUACAGGCCAUAUGCAGUGCAGUCGUUCUACAGUAUUCUCAAGUUUCCAAUUCGGGUUCUCAAAGACUGCAUCCGCAUCAUGCAACUGGAACUGAUGCCGACGCCACAGCAAGUGCAGCAGAUGAAGUGGAGUUUGCAGUGGUGCCUCACCAAUCCUCCAAUUGGCUCCCAAAUUGCUCCUCCUGGGCUGUUCAUUGUGGUAGUUUCCAGAAACAAGAUCCUCUUCUUCUUCCAGUUAGCAAGGACCAACAUGCAGUUACCUCCCGAGGCAGAGCCUCCCAAUCUGAUGUUGCCAUUAGUAUACGACAGUGUGAGCAACAAGACCCAAAUGGCUGAACGUCGCGACCACGGUAAUAUCCCUAGCGUCACCCUGCAGGUCAUCAAUGACAUCAUGAGUCGUGCUGUUGUGCAGCCCAAUGAGAUGUCACUCUAUCCGUGCAUUCGCGAGUUGUUGUGUAGCCUGAGUCUGGGUCCUGACGGCAAUGCUGUGGCCACGCCACCAACAUCAGUAGGCCAGAAUACGCCCACUUCAUCUGGGGGCACAGUGCCCCAGUCAUUGGGGUCACCACAUCUAACAUCACCUCAUAUGGCCUCUCCGCACACCCCUGGUUCUUCUGGCGGAACGCCGGUAUCCUCCAUGGCAUCGACCAUGUCACAGAGCAUGAUUUCUUCUGCCACGGGCACUGGCACGUCCAGUGCAGUAACGCUCACCAACCCUAGCAUGGGCUCGACCAUGUCAUCUGGAUCGCACUUCAGUGGACCAAAGCCAGUGUCCGCUGUAGGACACAUGCAGCCAACACUGGGUUCUAUGGGCCCUAUGGGACCACAAAGUAUGCAGGGUAUGCCAGGUGGUAUGCAACAAAGUCACAUGCAGCAAACCAUGACCUCUAUGGCUGGCGGGAUGAUGCAAGCUGGGCCGCGAGGUAUGCAGGGCGGCCCAGCAUCGGUGCAAAGUGGUCAGAUGGGUGGUGGACCUGGUGGUAUGCAAGGUAUGCCUACUAUGCAGGGAGGUGGAAUGCAAGGUGGCAUGCAAGGAGGAAUGCAAGGUGGACCUGGAGGAAUGCAGGGUGGACCAGGAAUGCAAGGGGGUCCGGGUAGUAUUCAGGUUGGGCCUGGGGGAAUGCAAUCUGGUCCAGGAGGAAUGCAGGGAGGUAUGCAAUCUGGUCCAGGAGGAAUGCAAGGCAGUAUGCAAGCAGGGCCUGGUGGAAUGCAAGGCGGUAUGCAAGCAGGGCCAGGUGGAAUGCAGGGCGGACCUGGAGGCAGGCAAGGUGGAUUUAGUGGAACCAUGAUGGGUCAGUUCAACCGUUAAACCAAACCUAUUAUUCCUUUUUAUAUAUAGUUUUAAAAUUGUCGGGCACAGGAAGCCCGUUUAAGCUCAACGAGGUCCUAACCAAUGACAUCUUCCAUAGAAAGCCACCUUAGUACCAACUAUGAGGUGCCCACUUACCACAUUGUGUCAGGGGGACAGGCAGCCAGCUUACAUAUACUGUAUGCUAGGCUUAUAUCAAGGUUUCCUCCCCAGGAUGGAACCCCACAACAAGCUGACUAACUCCUGGGUACCCAUUUACUGCUAGGUGAAUAGGGGCAUGAGGUGAUAAGAAAUGUACCCAACUAUUUCUGUCCUGCCCGGCUGUACUACCAAAACUGGUAUUAAAAAAAAAAAAAAAGCGCCUCUUCCCCUCCUUUUUUUUUUUUUUUUUAACCCACAACCACUUGUUGGAGUUAGUGCUGCUAACUGCAAUAUGCAAGAUGACAUGUAUAAGAUGUAUUAAUGACUUAAUACCACAGUAUUUUAUUAUGAUUUAUUUUUCUUUACAUUUAAAAUAGAACUGUGAAUGUUAAACAUGGACUUCCAGAGAAAACUUUUGUUUAUAAAUUAUAUAAAUUUAA